CCCCCCCCCCCCCCCCCCUCCAAUUUCUUCCACUCGUCUCUCUCUUUCAUUCUGCCUUUCCUCUUCCCUUUCUCCUGUUGCCUGUCUCAUUCCCCUGCAUUUCCCCUUGCCUUCUUCUCCUGUCACUCUGUUUCCUUGUCUGUCACUACUGUCUCUUUCAUUCUCCUUCUUGUCUUUCACAUUCCCCCUUUUUCUCCAUUUUCAUCUGCUGGUUUUCCUCUCUGUACCUGUGUCCUACCGCAUGCCCUCUUUCUGCCGUCUCUUCAUAUGACAUCCCCCCCUCUCUCUCUCUGCGGUCUCUUCACAUGACAUCCACCCCCCUCUCUCUCUCUCUCUAUCUCUCUCUGUCUGCGGUCUCUUCACAUGACAUCCCUUCACUCUGCUGUCUCUGACAUUCCUCCUGUACGUGGCACACACUCUCACCGUGAUAGCGGCAGUCUGCCCGCAUGCAGCUCACCUGUGACACUCGCCCAUUGACAGCCCCUGUACUGUGUGUCGGUGGUCAUCUCCCGGUGACAGUCUCUCGGUGACAGUCACUCCGUAUGCUGCCCUUGCGAGUUGUUGUAUCUGCCUCCGGGUGUCCUAUCGCCCGCAGAGAUGCCUUUUCACCCGGUGACGGCGGCGUUAAUGUACCGGGGGGUCUACACCAUCCCCGAAUUACUGAGAGAUCACUCACCUACUCAGCUUCCCGAAGACGAGAUAGAGGAGAUUCGAGAAGCCUUCAAGGUGUUUGAUCGGGAUGGAAAUGGAUUCAUCUCCAAGCAGGAGCUGGGCACUGCAAUGAGGUCUUUGGGGUAUAUGCCCAAUGAAGUGGAACUGGAGGUUAUUAUACAGAGGCUGGAUAUGGAUGGGGAUGGUCAGGUGGACUUUGAAGAGUUCGUGACAUUAUUGGGACCAAAGAUCACAACUUCCGGGAUCCCCGAUAAAUUUCGUGGAGCUGACUUUGACACUGUGUUUUGGAAGUGUGACAUGCAGUCACUGUCAGUGGAAGAACUUAAGCGGUUGUUGUACGACACAUUCUGUGAGCACCUGUCCAUGAGAGACAUUGAGAACAUCAUCCUGACGGAGGAGGCUGGAAACCUGGGUAACAGAGGGGAUUGUCCCGUCGAUAUGGAGACUUCCCCAAAUCAACAAAUCCGCCAGACCUGUGUACGUAAGAGCCUGAUCUGCGCCUUCGCCAUCGCCUUCAUUAUCAGUGUGAUGCUAAUAGCAGCCAAUCAGGUCUUGCGCAGUGGUAUGAAGUGACCACGUGGGGAUACCAAGCCAUGAACUUUGAUGUACUUUCAGGAGAUUCUCCUGCCUUUUCCCCACCCAUAAAACGACUACAACAUACAGAGAGGGAACCACAAAGACCUUGAAAACUUUGGGAUACCCCCUCCAGUGUCUGAAUGUGCAUGGGAGGAUUUGCAUGGAAAAUGCAUGGGCAUUUAAAUUGUCAGGUGACCAUCUGUGCUUUCAAAAUCUGUGACACGAAGGGACUCUCUCUAUAUAUAAUAGGUGUAUAUAUGUAUACGGAUAUAUAACUCUAUAUUUAUGAGCAAUAACACUUUUGGUCGAUAAAGGGUUAACUCUGGUUGCUGGGCACAGGGUCAGUCGGGUUAAUAAGCUCCUGCUAAUGUGUAAGCUUUUCUACACUGCAAAAUGAGAGGCAGCAUGAAGGUUAAUUUGUCUUCCCUUCCCCCCCGUCAUCCGCCUUAGCCCCUAAUAUGCUGAAUGGUUUGAUGUUAAAUGUAGCUCUCCUUAUUUUCCUUCCACACAUCUCUAUAUUGAAAUAACUGCUUAGAGUAUAAUUGGCCCAAUACCCUGCUUGGACUUUAUACCUUGUGACACAGGAAGGGGUGGGGGGGAUUGCGGUGAAGCCCUGAUCCCCUUUGCUGCAGUUACAUUGGCUACUGAUAAGCUGCAAGUGCUUCAAGAACAAGAGUUGAUAUUGUUAUUUUUCAACCCAGGAAUGUUCAUCAUAAUGAGAAAUUGUCUGUAUGCAGAAUAUUCACCAGUUCUCUAUUUUACUACUGAUUUCCAUCUCCACAUUCCUUAAGAACUCACCCCACUGCAUCU